AUGGAUUCGGCUGCCGCCGCCACUGGAGGUGCAGACGAGCUUCUAAACGUCCUAGAUGAUGCAUAUGUCGGUGAUGAUGACGACGGACAGUUCGACGUUGAUCUCGACGAGGGCGACGAGGUAGAGGAGGCGGAGCCCAAACGGGAGCAGAAUUUGGUCAAGUUGGGGAUGGAGGCCUGGAACCAGUCAUUCGGAGCAACCUGUAAGGUCAGGUUAAUCCAUAUCCUCAAAAACCUCCACACCUCCGAGAUCAAAAUCUACUCCGACGCGUCGAGGGAGUUCAUUGAGCUAUUGAAUGGCGAUCCUGGGGGUGAGGUGCUGCGGGAGUACACUCAGCAGUCACCACGGCUUGUGGAGCUGGCUGAAGCAUGGCGAUUGCAUAGGGAGAAGCCAGGGAUGGCGUACAUACUUUCGCUCUUUGCUACUGUCUUAGGGCACCCUGGCGGUAAGUCGCGGCAGCAUGGUUUGGUUAAGAAGAGCCUGGACGGAGUUGCUAGGAUGAUACUGGAGGAUAAGGAGAAGAUGGACGACAUUUAUCUGGAGCUGAACAGUGGUGAGUUCCGGCGGCAGAAUGCUGCGCUGGAUUUGCUGGCUGCGAUUGUUAGACGUGGUGGAGGGCUGGCGUUAGAGAUUGCUAAGAGCUUUGAUUUCAAGAUGGCUGUUUUGCCGCAGCUCUCAGGGAUGCGUAAGAAGAAAGGUGGUAGAGAUGGUGGGAAUCGGAGAAAGGGGACUGAUUUUGGGUCCACAAGACGAUCCUUUGUUGGCUUUGCCAUGUCAUUCUUGGAGGUUGGGAACCCGAGGAUGCUAAGAUGGGUCCUUCAACAAAGGGAGCUCUAUUCAGGGGUUCUUCGUGGGAUCGGAGACGAUGAUAAUGAUACCAUCGUGUAUGUCCUCUCAACAUUGCGGAAUAAUAUCUUGGUAGAUGAGUCGCUUGUCCCACCAGGACUCAGGAGUGUACUUUUUGGUAGUGUCACACUGGAACAACUGAGCUUGAUAUCAGGGAAUUUGGAUGCUGGGGAAGGAGCUGACAUUGCCCAUGAGGUGUUGGUCAUGGUGUGCACUGAUCCAAAAAAUGGACUGAUGCCAAGCUCAAACUUGAGAGGUAAUGAGAAACGUCUGCUGGACUUCAUGAAGAAGUUGAAAGCUACUGAGGUCAUUCACCACAAAAACUUGUUGCUGGAUAUUGUUAGUAAAAGUCUCCCUCUUUGUUCAGCGUACAUGAAUGAGUUCCCUUAUAGUAUUGAACCACGCCCAUCCUCCUCAUGGUUUUCUGCCAUAUCUCUGGCAGCGGACGUGAUAUCUUCGGUAAAAUGUGAGAACAUAUUCCAAAAUCUGUUGUCCACAUCACAUGAUUUGGUAUCUGUCGAUGAUGAGCAAGUGCAAAUAAUGUUGAAGUGCAUCAUGCCCAAUAUUUGCACUCGACCAAUGAUAAAUAGGGGACUGCUGCAUUCUGAUGAUCUUGUGAAGCACGGUUCACUAAGGCUUGUUUUUGAAUCAGUCAACCUACUGUGCAAUGUUACCGAAGUAAUCAAUGGUAUAGUAUCAACUGCAAGGGUGAAGUCAGAAUUCGAUAAUUCAACAAAAGUGACAGUCAAAAUAGAUGGUUUUCCAGGAUUAAGCUGUUCUACUUCAUCAGAUGCAUCAGCGCAUGAGAUUCUCCAUGGAGACAAUAUGCAUGUCAAUAGAUGGAUAACUUUGAAAGAAUAUAUUCAAGACGUAGUGCGUGGAGCUAUACCUGAUCCGCAGGUUCUUCUCAAGCUACUAUCUUCUUCUAGUCAGAAGCAUCAAAGUUAUUCUCAGAGUAAACAAAAGAUACAUACACAGCUCGAGCCUCCUCGAAAGAAAAGGAGAUGUGGUGCCACAGAUGAGGAUGCUGAUAUUAUUAUUGGCGGGAUUGAUGUUGAGUUAUCAAGGGAUGAGCCUGAGGAGCAAGGUAUGGACUUGGUCAAUGAUCAUGCUACUAUUAUGUGUGAGAUAUGGGGUCUAAAUAAGCAAGAUCCGAAGAUUAAAGAUGCAAAAGUGGCUGAAGAUGUUUUCCACUCAAAGUUGCUUGAUGUUCUCAGGGUCUAUCUGAGAGUAAUGCCUAGCUCUUUUGAUGGAUCAUUUGACUUCUUCAGGGUUAUACCACCUAAUCCAUUGAAUCUGUCCAAGGAUGAGCAGCAGUCCCUUAUAUCUCUUUUAGUUGAGUGCUCAGGUCAACCUGAUGGACUCUGGUGCCCAGAAAAAGUUCCAGAAUCGAUGUACAAGUACUUGCAACCUCUGAUUGACAUAAUGUUGCAUUCACAAGUUAGGAGCAUCCGUGAUAAAGCGUAUAUUUUAGUUAAAGCUGCUAUGGCGAGUUCUGGCGCAUUUGAUCAGAACUUUGAAGAGAUUGAUGUGUGGUUGGCUUUCUUGCCGGGUUACAAAGCCAAAGGUUGUGAAAGAGAGGGCUUAGGGGCUGAAGCAUCUAACAGACUGUCACACAUUGUCGUCCCUUUCCUUUGUGAUGCCAUUUCAGUAGUUGGGAACAAUUUAUACAAAUACCAAGAGCAUAUCCGUAAGCUUAUCUCUAAAUCGAACCAUUUUGAAGGCUAUUCUCCAUCAUUCAGUCCUUUGAUUGUUUGUGUCCUCCAGAAAUGUCUUAGGCUACUAGAUUUGGACUCUGCAAAUAUGAAAUUACAUGAGAAAUCCACAAUUUCAUUAUAUGUGUGCAAUACAGUCUACCUUAUUCUGCAAUCACAGGUAGAUGUGCUUUUAUUGCCUGAUGUUGUAGGCAACAUCCUAAAUGAGAGACUCAGUAAAUUUUCAUCAGAGGAAAUAAAUUCUAGGAUUUGUUUUGCUGAGUGGAGGCCACUGAUAUAUUUGAUGCAUAUCUUGAGGAGCAUUUCUGACCAAAAGAGCUCUAGUUUGUUCAGCACCCUUGUGCAUCCUUCUGAAUUACAUGCAAAUUCUUUGUGUUCUGUAACUAGAACAGUUAAGGAAAUGUCAAGUCAGCACCCUACCAAUUUACCAGAUGAUGUAGCAACAUCAUUCUUGUAUUCAAUCAUAUGUGCACCCCAAGAUGAUGUUAUCAGGAACUUUCCAGAGCUUCUUCAUGUUGUGAAGACACAUUUUCCUUCAAAUCUGCCAUUCUUGUCAUCAAUUCUUUUUCUGCAACAUGAUUACCUAGCUAAGGUUGCUACUUGUUGCCCAGACAUAUUCUUCAGUAGUCUCGGGCAGAUCAAGGGAAAUCUUGAUGCUGAUAAUGUCAAUACUGUUGCGGACAGACGGGGAAAACACUCAAUUUCUGCAGAAUCGGCUGCAAUAAGUACAUUUCUAAAUGUGAGUCCAUUUUGUGCACUCUUACCAUCAGUAUUGAGCCUGACACUUUCAGCACCUGAUGAAAACACGAAGGCACACGCAUUGCUUCAAAAUGAGCUUGUACAUCUUCUUCAAGCUAAGGUUUCUGAAAGUCCAUUAAGUGAGUUGACAGUUUUCUUGAGAGCUGUCUUAUUUUGGAGCCAUCACUUGGUGUCAUCAUACAUUGUGAAGCAUUCAGAUAUUCUUGAACAGUUAUGUGGUGUGUGCUUGUCUCUUAUUGACAGCAUCUUUGAACGCAUUCGAGUUUUGACUGCUGAUACAGCUAAUUCAAAAUCUUCAUUGGCAUUCUAUCCAGUGGAAUGUAUUAAUGGCAUUAUUGAUUCUGUUGUCCAACACCCUAUAGUUAGCCUGUCUUUGUCAUGCUCUCUAUCCAAUAUUCAGGACUUAGCACAUGGGAGUGUGGAAUGCGUGAAAGAAAAUUUUGCCAGUUUUUCUAAGGAAAAGCUGCACCUUGCAGAUAGUUUUGUUUUGAACCUUCUGAGUAAUCUAUAUGGUGUUUUACUGUUGGCUGAUAGCUUUGGAGCUAACUACUCUAAUAAAGAUGAUCAAUCCCUUGAGUCACUGUUUGGCCGCCCGAAGCAAUUGCUUGAGAGAAUACUACUGUUGUUCAAGGAGAAGUUUGAACUCUGCAUGGACAAAAGGAACUUUGGACUGUUUUUGCCAACUUUUUACAUGGUCUGUUCGCUGGCAAAAUUUAUGUCUCCUGUCAGACUCCUGGAACUUGCAGACUGGAUGUUCUCAACGUUUGAAAGUUCCAGUUCCAGUUCACUUGCAUAUACUCCAGCUGCUUUUUUCUGCCUAUAUACAGCUGAUUUAGCCUUGGAAAUGCUAUAUGAUUAUUUGCAACAAAUUGAUCAGAGAUCACAACCCUGUCGAUUAUGGGGCUUGGAGAUUCAUAAUUCUGAUUUUGUCACCAUUCAACGAGUUUAUAAUAUCAUUCUUCAUUUUGCUACUAAAUUGAAUCUUGAAUUUGCUGAUAUUUUCCUACUGAAGAUGUUAACUCGUAUCCACUACUCAGAAAGAUCUGCAGGGAGGAACACUGAUGAUAUUGCAUUACACAUGAUGUUAUCUACAAUGGUUGCCAACACUCCCAUUAACAUUAUUCGUCACUGCAUGUUUCCCACAUCUAAGGUUAAAGCAAAAGCUAUACAGUUGCUUUUGGGAGCAAAUCCUAUGCACAUGCGUCUUUUUGGGAAAAUUUUCAUGGAUAUUCUGAAAAAUGACACUUCUGUUCUGCAAGUCACGGGCUCCAAUUCUAAUGCUUCAUGGGCUCAUGAGGAUAGUUUUAUACUUCUGUUGCCGGCUGCCUUGUCAUACAUGGAACAUCACGGUGGUAUCAAUAGACAGUGUGUUGAAUUCCUUGAGCCAGUUCCUGUCUUCUAUGGUGAAAUUCUAUUGAGUGAUAAUGGCUUUCCGUGUUGGAAAAGUUUUGUUACUAGAAGUGUUUUUGAGGAAGAUUAUAGUGACUUUAGACACACAUCGGUUGAAGAUAUAAUGAAUUAUUUCUGUGACACUCUCUUGGGAAAGUCAAUAACUAUGCUACACUAUUAUUUCUGUUUGAAAGACAUAUCUCGGAAGAAACGAUUAGAGAUAAUUUCUUCAAUUUGCCCACAAUCAUCUGAGCUCUUGGAUUCUGACAUCAGUUUAAUCACUCCUGUUUCAUGCAAUGGUAUUAUGAAGUUUACUAAUGAAUUGUUUGCAAAGAUAUCAUUGAUUAGGAUGUUGUUAUCUCCUAGAAUAUCGUUGACCAAUGAUGUUGCCCCAGAGAAGGACUCCAAGAGAGUCAACAAUGCAAAGCUGAAUUUCAUAAGCAUAUUAGUCCGAACUUUUGAUAAUAUACUCAGGAAUUUCCCUCAGAGUGAUGGCAUCUUAGUCUCCUCUCCUAAGGAACAAAAUGUUGUCAGUUUUUUGGAGUAUGUAAUUCUCAAGAAUAUUGUUGAGUUGUCUUCAGAGAUUCAAAGCCAUCUGAAUCGGUUGAAGCCAAUACCUUUCCUUAACCAAUUGAUCAGAUCAUCCCUCUUACACAGAUUCAGUGAUCCUGUUGUAAUAAAAGCAAUCCGAUGUAUCCUUGUUGUAUUAUCAGAAGGGAAAUUUCCUGCUGAUGAAAUUAUUGAACUCAUACUGGGCCACUCCCAUUUUGUGUCGACAAUAAUUUGCAGUGGAGUUUCCCAGCGUCCAUCUGCUUGUACUCCUACUGGGAACCUACUACAGAAAGCACCAAGUAUUUUAAAAUCAGUUGAUUCUGCUUUUGCAAAAGAAAACAAGUUCCAAGAUUGCAUUCCAGAGAAGAGGAAAGUAGAAAUCAUCAGGUUACUCAGGGUACUGUAUAGUAUUAAGCGUGGGCAACAGAACAGCAGCCUGUUGGAUGAAUCAAGGGAGCUUGGUUUCUUACUUUUAUCUGUUUAUGGUGCGACUCUUAGUGAAACAGAUUUAGAGAUACUUCACCUUAUGAAUGAGGUAGAAUCAUCUGAAUGCAAAGCCAUUACAGACGUGGAUCAUCUUUGGGGAAAGGCCGCUGUGAAAUUUAGAGAAGAACUGAAGCUAGAAUUUUCAGCAUCCGAUUCCCACAAAAUCGAGAAUGAAGGGAUUAGUGAUAGGCGAAAGUCGCUAUUCCGUGAGAACAUACCCAUUGAUUCUAAGCUCUGUGUCAUGACUGCCUUACAAUUUUGCUAUAGAAGAUCUUUAAAGGCUUCUAUGUUUUCACUGGAACAACUUCAACAAGAUAACUUCGGUGAUAUUUUCAAGACAACAUCGCAAAGCAUGGAUGUGGUUCGGAUUUAUGAUCCUAUGUUUAUCUUGCGCUUCUCAAUCCAUACUCUUCUCAUGGGUUACAUUGAACCUGCUGAAUUUUCCCGACUUGGGUUACUUGCAAUAACAUUAGUUAGCAUAUCAUCUCCUGACGAAGACUUAAGGAAGCUGGGUUAUGAAUCUCUAGGAACAUUCAAAAAAUCUCUGGAGGCUUCUCAGAAAAGCAAGGAAACUUGGCAGCUCCAGCUUCUUUUGACAUAUCUACAGAAUGGGAUAUCUGAACCAUGGCAGAGGAUACCUUCUGUCAUUGCUAUUUUUGCCGCAGAAGCUUCUUUGACACUACUUGAUAGCUCUCAUACUCAGUUUGCUACCAUUAGCAAAUUUUUGAUGCAUUCUGCCUCUGUCAACCUGCAGAGCGUUCCAUUAUUUCCAGCACUGUUGAGGAGUAAUGCCGUGCAUUUCAAAUCAGACCACCUGUGGAUGCUUCAGUUAUUAUAUGCUGGGUCAAAUCUACCAGAUGAUGCUAAGAUAUACAAGAGAGGAAGUGUUUUAGAGCUUGCUCUUUCCCUUGGAUCUUCGGCUGUUUCAGAUUCUACAACGAAGCUUUUAACCCUUCAGGUGCUAAAGAAGUGUGUAAAGCUUCCUGUUCUGGCUCAUCAUUUAACAAAACACUCUGGACUUCUGUUGUGGUUAUCCUCUCUAAUCUCAUCUCAUGGCGAUGGGCUGGACAGUGUAAAAGACACCUAUUCUUCUACAGUAAUUGGGACAGCACUGGAGGUAGUGAGCGAUCUGACAUCAUCAAGAUUAAUUGCAGAAUGGCUCCAAGAAACUGCCCUCGAGCAACUCUCAGGAAUAUCUAAAUACCUUUAUGUCAUUGUUAAAGAUAUGAAAUUGUUGAAAGGAAAUGCCCCGUUGCUAACUUUAGUGCUAACUGUGAUUGCAUCAACGAUGAGGUUGUCUAUGAAAAGGAAGAUUUACCAACCACAUUUUUCCUUGUCCCUCCAUGGUAUACAUAAAUUGUGCCAAACUAUCAGUGGCAACUCAAGAAGUAUAGAACUAAAACUUGCGAUGGAAAUUUGCAUUGAUGUCAUUCUUAUGAAUGGUCCUCUGCCAGUUGUGUCUGAAAUGGAUAAGUCAAUGACAGCAACUGUUGUUUCAUGGGCAACUUCUAACAUCUUGUGGUUGUGUGGCCAACAAAGAUCUGUACUGAAAAUGUCACAGGGAGAGGCACUAAAAAAUGAAUGCCUACUUUCAAAGAUGUUGCGCUGGUUAGUGGCUUCCAUAAUUCUUGGGAGAACCUCCUGCAUCUCUCAUGAAAGUGCAGGUCUUACAAGGGAUGCCGACAGUUUUGGAUCCCUUCAAUCUUUCUUGAAUCGUAUGUGUGGAAAGGUUGAAAAUGUUGGCAGUCAUAGUGCAAAUGAGGCACUUGCUAUAAUUAUUCUGUAUCUGCAAAAACAUCUGAAAAUGAACCAAGAUUUUUUGCCAUCUGCUGUGGCGGCUCUUGGCUUGUUGCUUCUUGACAGAUCCACUAAACAAGCAGCUUUCAGAAAUUUCGUUGACAACCGUGGACAAAUUGAAUCGCUGUGCUCAAAGAUACAAUGUCCGGCUGAAGUUGAUCCUGCAUGGAGAUGGCAUUAUUAUCAACCCUGGAGGGAUCCCUCUAUGCAUCGCACCGAGACAGAGCGCCUAGAAGAAGAGCAGGCCUGCCAAAGCCUCUUGAUUAUAUUUUCUAAUAGCUUCAAUGCUGGGUUGUCAGGUUUUCCAGUGUUUUCACUUGGUGAUGUUGAGAACUCUGGCCUAUUUCAGUGGGAAAGAAACUACAUGCCUAAAUAGUCUUGCACUUGUUUGUAAGCCCAGGGCAAUUGUUGACCAACCGAUUUGAACAGUUACGCUCGGAGGACGUGGGGUGUUUACAUACUCACAACGGAAAUCUGGAUAAUGAUUUAUUCAUCACUACAGGAUUGUAUAUACUGAUGUGGUUCAGGGAAUCUGGGUUGAUAAAUGCCGGAAAGAUUUCCAACUCACAAGGUUUGAAGAAAGAAUUUGCAAAAAUGAACCUUACACUGGUAUUUUCUGCAUAACUUCUGGUACCCUGGUCCUCAAUUGGAUCAUAAAGGUAUUCUUUUUCUUUUUAAAUGGCCGAGUAUAGCUGCACCGGGCUCAUCGAUGCAAUAGAUCUGUGUCCGAAGGAAAACGAUUUUAAGAUGCAUAUUCAUCAUGUGCCCAUUAUUCUUGCUCAUCAUAUGUCUUGCACCUGUCAAUUUUCACUGGGUAAUUUUUAUUAAUCUUGAAGCAUCUGAUGACGGAGGCGCUCCCUAUAUUAAAUAAAAAAAU